GCCGCCGCCGCCCAGCAGGGAGGCUGGAGGAAAUGGGUAGCCGCAUCCCGCCCGCCCCCAGUGCCGAUGUGAAUUAUUGAAAGGAAAAUGGCACAACGAAGCACUGUACUUCCUUCUCUUGUCACCGAGGAAAGGCGAGUUAGAACCAUGCCACGACAUAGCCAGUCUUUGAGUGUGGCUCCAUAUUCAUCUGCAAGCCUAGUGGACCAGUUGGAAGAUAGAAUUCUGUGCCAUGAGAAAACAACUGCAGCACUCGUGGAACAUGCUUUUCGUAUAAAAGAUGACAUUGUUAACAGUUUGCAGAAAAUGCAAAAUAAAGGUGGAGGAGAUCGCUUGGCUAGACUGUUCUUAGAAGAGCACAUCAGAAAUAUCACGGCAAUAGUGAAACAACUUAAUCGUGAUAUUGAGGUCCUACAAGAACAGAUACGUGCCAGGGAUAACAUCAGCUAUGGAACAAAUUCUGCCUUAAAGAGUCUGGAGAUGCGCCAACUCUCUGGUUUGGGAGAUCUUCGGGGAAGAGUAGCAAGGUGUGAUGCUAGCAUAGCUAGACUGUCUGCAGAGCAUAAAACAACAUAUGAAGGCCUUCAGCACUUGAACAAAGAACAGCAGGCUGCCAAACUUAUUUUGGAAACUAAAAUCAAAGAUGCAGAAGGACAGAUUUCUCAGCUUUUAAGCAGAGUAGACCUGUCAAUAUCAGAGCAAAGCACAAAGCUGAAAAUGACCCACAGAGAUAGCAACCAUCAGCUUCACCUUUUGGACAUUAAAUUUAAAGGUACAGUGGAAGAACUUAGCAGCCAGAUUUUGUCUGCACGGAAUUGGUUGCAACAGGAGCAAGAACGGAUAGAAAAAGAACUUUUACAGAAGAUUGAUCAACUUGCCUUGGUUGUUAAGGAAAAUAGUGAAAUCAGUGAAAGGACCAUGGAGAAGAAGUUCAGUCAGAUGUCAGCAAAGCUUGAUAAAAUAGAAGAGAUACAGAAGAAAAACAUGGAAGCACAGAGACUGAAAUCUGAUGAUGAGAAGAUCAAUAUCCGAAUCAGUAAGAUUGAAUUGCAGAUGAAUGAAGAGAUGAAAGAAAUGAAAGCAGAAGUCAAUGCUGGGUUUGCUGCCAUCUAUGAAAGCAUAGGAUCACUCAGACAAGUUCUUGAAGCCAAAAUGAAACUUGAUAAAGACCAGAUACAGAAGCAAAUUCAUCAGCUAAAGAAACAAGAGGCUCCCAUGUAAAGAGAUUUGGGACAGUGAUGAUCUAAAAGAAGAGUUUGUCAGUGGGGCUAGGAGCCUGGAUGUUUGUCAGUAUGGUUUGCUCUGUGCAGGAUGUGCAUGUACAAAACAAUGUGUCAUGGGCCUAAAUUUUUUACUUGAGUUGUGAAGACAAUCUUUAGGUGAGAAGAGUAAGUACAUUUUUUAUAACCUAAUUUCACUUAUAAAUAUAAAUUCUAUGGAAUUUGUUCCAUUUUGG